GGCGGCAAUUGAUUUUUGCAAGAAGUACCGUGAAGCAAUGAUGGGUCGAAAUAAUAGAAAAAAGAAGUUCGGAUCUUAAAGCAAGUCAAGGUCAUCCCACGUUAAAGAACACAUUUUUCCACAGACCCAUAAAGGCUGCUGUAAGCCUGUGUAACCAAAUCGAAUCAGAGCGAGUAGAUGCUCAUCCGUUUCCUUCGCCUCUUCCUAGGCCGGCAAACGCUGGUUGCUCUGUACAAUCUCCUCCAAUCCUUCCGCAAGAAAUUCCGGUCACUUCUUCCCUCCAUGGCCAUACCGGAAGCCGAUCAGGAGCAAGACAAGAAGGUCUCCGGACCGGUGUUUGACCCGUCGAUUCCAUCGAUUCCAAUCUCGUACCCAAUCAAAACUCUCGAAGAGCUUCACUCUCGAGCUUACUUCGAUUCCUUUCACUACCCUUUCAACAAAUCAUCUGUUCCUCUCCAGUCUCCAUCGCCGCCUUUUCCUUUGCCUAACAGACCUCGGCUGCUGGUGUGCCAUGAUAUGCAAGGAGGCUAUGUGGACGAUAAAUGGGUUCAGGGAGGAAGCAACCCAGAUGCUUAUUCCAUCUGGCAUUGGUAUUUGAUGGAUGUAUUCGUCUAUUUUUCACACUCUUUGGUCACUCUGCCUCCACCUUGCUGGACUAAUGCAGCUCACAGGCAUGGAGUCAAGGUGUUGGGGACUUUCAUCACAGAAUGGGAUGAAGGUAGAGUCAUUAGCAGCAAGUUGCUUGAAACAGAGGACUCUGCUCGAUUGUAUGCUGAACGUUUGGCCGAACUAGCUGCUGCUUUAGGCUUUGAUGGAUGGCUGAUUAAUAUGGAGGUGAAAUUGGAUGUGAUGCUGAUUCCUAAUAUGAAGGAAUUUGUUGAUCAUCUUACUCGGACUAUGCAUUCCUUGGUGCCUGGAUCACUGGUGAUAUGGUAUGACAGUGUGACAAUAGAUGGAGAUCUUGACUGGCAAGAUAAGUUGACUGAAAAGAACAAACCUUUCUUUGACAUAUCUGAUGGUAUAUUCAUCAACUACACAUGGAAGAAGGAUUAUCCAAAACUUUCAGCUGAAGUGGCUGGUGACAGAAAGUUCGAUGUCUACAUGGGAAUAGAUGUAUUUGGAAGGAACACUUAUGGUGGUGGACAAUGGACUACAAAUGUUGCACUUGAUGUGAUAAAGAAUGACAAUGUGUCUGCUGCCAUAUUUGCACCUGGAUGGGUGUACGAGACCAAGCAGCCACCGGAUUUUCGGACUGCUCAAGAUCGGUGGUGGGAUCUUGUUGAAAAUUCAUGGGGAGCAGUACAGAAGUAUCCUAGAACACUACCAUUCUACUCUAGUUUUGAUCAGGUUUUUCCCCCGGCAUUGACUAUCAUAUAUGUUCAGGGAGUUGGCUAUCAUAUAUCGGUUGAUGGACAGCAAGUAACGGAUGCUUCUUGGAAUAACAUAUCUUGCCAGGGGUUUCAGGCUUUACUUAAAUAUGUUGACGACCCAAAACCGGAUGCUAUUCAAGUACUUGUCGACUUUAAGCAACCAUCCUAUAAUGGGGGAGGAAACAUCACUUUCAGAGGAACACUCCAAGACAAUGCUUACUUUGAAACAAGGGUGUUCAUAGGAGAGCUUCUUCUGGGUGGUGAACCACUCCAAGUUAUCUAUUCUGUAAAAUCAGAGGGUGAUUCACUGCUGGGCCUUUUGCUUCACUUCUUUUCUCCCCUGAAUGAUAAGAAAACAGUCAUUGCUAUCGCACCCUGGGAAACUGAUGAACUCUCCAGAAAAUUCAACAAAGCAAUCGUUCCAGGACGAGUUACAGACUCAGAAAUUGAACCCGGAUGGGUACAGUAUGAGAGCAAGGUUGCAAUGAAUGGACAGAUACUACGUGAAAUCCGUGCAGUAUGCCACAAGACAAAAGGUACCACUACAAUGAGAUCAGAACAAAAGGCAGCAGCAGAAGGGUCAGAGUAUCUUGCUGUGCUUGGCCAAAUCCUGAUGAAUAAUUCUGAUCACAACUCAUGUCUGCCUCCAUCCACUUCAUGGGAAGUUACAGCUGAGCUAGUACAGUGGACUGCAUCAUCAUCAGCAGCAGCUGCAGAUUCCGAGGGCUCCCGGGCAGUUAGCUUGAAGAUCAAUUGGAAACUGAAAGAUGGGAAUACUGCUUUCGCGCAUUCGAAGUACAACGUUUAUGUGGCAAAACUUGGCAGUAGUAGUGUGCAGUAUCUUGGAGUUGCAGCAGUUGAAGCCUUCUAUGUUUCUAACUUGGUUGUUCCUUCUGGUGUUUCUAGUCUGAAGUUCAUUGUUCAAGUUUGCAGCAAUGACGGGAGUUCCCAGAAGCUGGAUGAGUCUCCAUAUUUUGAACUGGAUGUUGAAUACUAAGUUUUUACUAUGUAUCAUACUACUGGUGUUGUUGUAUCACAAAUUGUGGACUUAAUAAGGUGGACCUCCGUAAUAAGAUUUAUUCCCCAGUCAUUUCAAUCUGGAUCUUCCAGUUUAUAUAAAAUUGUGCUCUUUUUCUUUUCCUUGUUCUGACGCAUAAGAGAAAGUGUUUUCCUCAUUG